AUGCUCUUCCACCUCAUAACCCAGUUUUCACGAAUCCGGCUACCAACCUUCCAAACAAAACUGGCAUUAAACAAGGAAUCAAAUUGCCGCCUCCCGCUUUUAGGCGUUGAACUCUCCUCCUCUAAUCGCAUCUGCGAGCCCGGGAGGGAAAUCCCUCCUCCGCGCCUUCCUCUCCGCCCUCCCGGCCCCGCGCCGGCGCCAGCAUUUCCGGGCGCAUCUGCCGGAGCAAGACGCGCGUGCGUAAAAAUGGCUGCAUCCGAGCAGGCAUAUUCAAGUGAGGAGGAAACAGAACCUGAGCCUAGACCUCGAGACACCCCGGAAGACAUUUCCCUUGAGGCAGCAGCAAACACCAUCGCUUUCCACCCUUGUCGGGAUGUCCUAGCUGCUGGAGACGUGGAUGGUGAUGUCUAUUUGUAUUCAUAUUCCUGUUUGGAAGGUGGGAACAAGGAGCUUUGGUCUUCAGGACAUCAUUUAAAAUCCUGCCGGGAAGUGUCCUUUUCCCAUGAUGGACAAAAGCUCUUUACGGUGUCCAAAGAUAAAUCCAUUCAUAUUCUAAGUGUGGAGGAAGGUCGUCUCGUGACCAGGUUCUCCAAGGCUCACAAUUCUGCUCUGAACAGUCUGCUGGUGAUAGAUGAGCACUUGUUUGCCACAGGAGAUGACCGUGGGGAGUUGAAAGUGUGGGAUCUGCGCAAAGGCACCUCCGUUAUGGAGAUGAAACAGCACGAGGAGUAUAUCAGUGACAUGGCCGUCGAUGGGAACAAGAAACUGCUGCUCACUACCAGCGGAGACGGAACUAUGGGAGUCUUCAACAUCAGGAGAAGGCGCUUCGAGCUGCUCUCAGAGCCUCAGAAUGGAGACCUGUCAGCCAUCGCCCUGAUGAAGAGAGGAAAGAAAGUGGCCUGUGGCUCCAGUGAGGGAACCAUUUACCUCUUCAACUGGGAUGGUUUUGGUGCUACUAGUGAUCGGUUUGCACUGAAGGCGGAGUCCAUUGACUGCAUGGUUCCUGUAACAGAGAGCAUUGUGUGCACAGGCUGCACUGACGGAGUCAUCAGGGCCGUGAACAUCUUGCCCAAUCGGGUGAUUGGCAGUGUUGGGCAACAUGUUGGGGAGCCUAUUGAGCAGCUAGCCAAAAGCCAUACUGGCCCAUUUCUGGCCAGCUGCGCCCAUGACCAGAAGGUGAAGUUCUGGGACAUCUCUUCGCUUAACUCAGUCAUUGUGGACGAUUACAGAAAGAAAAAGAAGAAAAGUGGGCAGCUGAAGUCUUUGAGUCACAAGGCAUUUGGUACCGGGGAGGAUUUCUUUGCAGGCUUAAGAGAGGAGGCAGCAGAGCCAAAGGAUGAAGACUCCAGUGGCACGGAAACGGAUAGUGACUAAAAUAUGAGCAGCACUCUCCCCUGAAGGGACCUUUAUAACCUAAGACUGUUUGAAACUCUCAUGUUUUUGCAGAGAUUUGGCUGAACAAACAGCAGGAUAUUGGGCAAAGGUGUGGGAGCCUAAUGAAACCCGUACUGCAGUCUUCUGGGUACUCCUGCAAUCCAGUGAAACAAAUGUGUGUUUCCACAGCAAAGUCAUGAGAAAAGCAUGGCCUGGCUGCUACAAAAGGGGAAGGUGUAGAUCUCAAGUUACCCAGGACAAAGCCUGUGCUUUCUGUUGGAAGAGGAGUAUCUCAUGGAAUGAAAAGGCUAGAAAACAGGAUUAAUACUAGUGAGGAGGGAAGCUGUUGGCUCUAUAUGUAUGUACUGGUUUAACUACUACUUUCAAAGGAGGGUGGCCAGACACAAAAAGGGGAUAGGGCUCCUGUUCUUCAAUACAGAAGGACGACUCUGAAACACACA